AUGGUUUCCUCCUCUGCAAGCAAAUAUCUGCUAGCAAUUACAUUGGCCAUAAUUCUUGCCGGAGUAUUCCCACACUGGGUUUCCGGCCAGAAUUGCGGCUGCGCACCUUCUCAAUGCUGCAGCCAACACGGUUACUGCGGCACAGGCAAUGGCUACUGUGGCACAGGCUGCCGCAGUGGCCGUUGCUACGCGUCUUCAGUUUCUGAUAUUGUUACAGACUCAUUCUUCAAUGCCAUUGCUAGGCAAGCUCAUGGAAGUUGCCCUGGGAAGAGAUUCUAUACUAGAGCUGCUUUUCUUCAAGCUCUCCGUUCGUAUCCACAGUUCGGGACUACCGGCUCUGGCGAUGAUUCAAAGCGAGAGAUUGCGGCUUUCUUUGCGCAUGUCACGCAUGAAACUGGACAUUUUUGCUAUAUAGAAGAGAUAAACGGUCCUUCCAAAGACUACUGCGACGAGAACAACAAAGAGUAUCCAUGCGCACAGGGCAAGGGUUACUACGGCCGAGGUCCCAUACAACUAUCGUGGAACUAUAACUAUGGCUCAGCUGGGAAAAGCAUAGGCUUCGAUGGUCUGAAUAAUCCACAAAUAGUUGCCACAAACAACGUUGUAUCGUUCAAAACUGGGUUGUGGUUUUGGAUGAAUCACUGUCAUGAUAUCAUAACUUCCGGACAGGGUUUUGGGGCAACCAUUCGUGCAGUUAAUGGCAAUCUUGAAUGUGAUGGUGCAAAUCCAAGCACUGUUACUGCUCGUGUGAAGUAUUAUAGGGAAUAUUGUGAUAAACUUGGUGUUGAUCCUGGCAACAAUAUUAGGUGUUAA